AUUAAAUUAGUUAAAAUAAAGUUAUUUUUAUUUAAAUCCAAAUUAUUUAUAUUCAAAUCUUAUUAUUAUUCCAAAAAAUAAAAUUCUAUUUUUUGAAGAAAAUAUUUUUAGGCAUAAAGCGAGUACUUUUUUAUGAAAUUUUUGAAAAUUUUUGAAUCCUAAUGCCAUGGACUCUUUUUUCUUGACUGGAAAAAAUUAGGAAAGCCAGCGAAGGGGGGGACUCGGGAAUCAAAUCAGAGGACCCAACUCCGGCUGUCAAUCAAAUUAAAAACGGAAAUAGAGAAAUUGAAUUUAAACUAUUGAAAUAAAAUAGUCUACUGCUGUUAUUUUCGUUUUUUAAUUAAAUUAAUUAAAAAUAUUAUAUUUGUAAAAAAAAGUAUUAAAAUAAUCUGAUUAAAUUUUAAAUUAAAAUAAAAAAAUUCAUGGAUCCGUUUUUUGAAAGGCGUCUGAUUGAGGUGCAGAAUGGUCAGGGCUCACUGAGUACCACUCCCCAAAAAAGUCCGAUGAAAGAUGGCUUUGGCGACAGGUUCAUACCAAUUAGGAGUAGGGCAGUAUGGAAGAUUAACUUUGAUGCCCCGGUUAGGGGAGAAAACCAAUUAGGCGACAACAGCCUCUCCACGACGACAUCGAACGGAAAUGUGGCCAACAAUGCGACACCAUCUCCGACUAAUCGAUCGACAAUCGGGGGAACGUCAGGUAGUCCAAAGAGGGGGUCUGAAUCCUCAACUAUCCGCCACAAUGCCACCUACUCCUGCCUACUAAAGAAUGAAUUGUUAGGAAUGGAGAUCGACGAGGUAAAAGGUAGCGACAGUUGUGAUGGGGAGCUUGGGGGCUGGGAUAAAGGUUAUUCGGGUAAUGGUAGGUGUCCUGCCGGGGGAAAUAGGGAUGUGCUGCAGCAGAUGAACGCCAAAGAUAAUAAAAAUCUGUUUCAUUAUAGCCUGCCCAACAGCAGUCCGGGCUCCAUAGAAUCCUCUCCCUACUCUCUCUCCCCUGUCGGGAAUAAGAGUCAACAACUGCUCUGCUCUCCUAGAAAAAUGGCCAGGAAAAUUCCGAAGGUACCGUACAAAGUUUUGGAUGCCCCGGAACUUCAGGAUGAUUUUUAUUUGAAUUUAGUCGAUUGGUCAUCACAGAAUGUUCUCUGUGUUGGUCUGGGCUCAUGUGUUUAUCUCUGGAAUGCUUAUACCAGUCAGGUGACCCGUUUAUGCGACCUUUCGUCUGAAGUCGACACAGUUACAUCCGUCGCCUGGAAUGAAAAGGGUAAUAUGAUAUCAGUGGGUACUCACAUGGGAUUUGUUCAGCUGUGGGACGUGGCCACUUCGAAGAGAUCCUCUUGUACUUCAGAUCAUACGGCUCGUGUCGGUGCUCUGGCGUGGAAUGGCGACCUGCUAGCGUCGGGCAGUCGGGAUCGUAGCAUCAUUCUGAGGGACACUCGGACGCCGUUCUCGUCCUAUGAAAGGAAAUGGAAUGAGCACAGGCAGGAGGUGUGCGGCUUGAAAUGGUCCCCAGAUAAGCAGUAUUUAGCGUCAGGAGGUAACGACAACAAGUUGAUUCUCUGGACCUUGAGGUCAAACAGUCCUUCCCAUACAUUUUCUGACCACCUGGCAGCUGUCAAGGCCAUUGCUUGGUCACCUCAUCAGCAUGGUAAGCACACACGGCUACUCUCAGAAUCAGAUAGUGAUAUGGAAGUAUCCGUCACUCAAUCAGAUAGCCAAACUUACUGGGCACAGUAUGCGCGUCCUAUACCUGGUCAGUACUCCAUGUUAAUUGGCCUUAAUGUAGUUAGUGCCUGGAAGGCGACCUCACCAGAUGGUGAAAGUAUUGUAACAGGGGCCGGCGACGAGACCCUGAGGUUCUGGAAUGUCUUCAGUAAGACACAGUCUAGGAAGGAAACCAAUUCUGCGCUCAAUCUCUUCACGAGAAUACGAUGA